GUAAUCCCGUGAUUAUCAAUUGAGUAUUGCGUGAUUUCUCUCCGCUUUCACAUUUGAAUAGACCAAAAUUUUCUUACAGGAAACAUUCCAAAUACCUUCAGCAAUCUAAAGAGCUUGAGCAUGCUCAAUCUUUGCCAUAACAAUUUAUCAGGCCCGAUGCCAACUUGUCUAAAUGAUCUAGAGUCUCUCACUAAACUAGACCUAUCUUACAAUAAUUUCCAUGGAGAAAUACCAAACGGUGGUAUAUUUGAUAAUGCUACAAUUUUUUCACUCGAUGGCAACCGGGGACUGUGUGGAGGAGCCAUGGAUUUGCAUAUGCCCCCAUGCCAUGUUGUAUGUAGAAGGAAAGUAGAAAUCGUAAACUACAUGGUCAAAAUAUUGAUCCCAAUAUUUGGCUUCAUGUUACUCAUAGUGUUCAUUUACAUUAUAAUCCCUGGGAACAAGACAUCAAGAGGACCAUACUUAUUGCUGCUUUCUUUUGGUAAGCAAUUCCCUAAAGUUUCUUACAAGGACCUAGCUCAAGCUACAGGAAACUUCUCCGAGUCAAACCUAAUAGGGAGAGGAAGCUAUGGAUCAGUUUACAAAGGAAAUUUGAUUCAAGCUAAAAUGCAAGUGGCUAUUAAGGUUUUUGACCUUGAGAUGAGGUAUGGAGACAAAAGUUUCGUAUCAGAAUGUGAGGUGUUGAGAAGAAUCCGUCACCGGAACCUUCUUUCUAUCCUAAGUGCAUGUUCAACAAUAGACAAUACAGAGUAUGCUCAAAGUAUUCAUGCAUCAACCUGUGGGGAUGUUUACAGUUUUGGAAUAGUACUUUUAGAGAUAAUAAUAGGAAAAAGACCAACAGAUUCUAUGUUUGAGGAUGAACUCACCAUGGUUAGUUUUGUGGAGAGGAACUUUCCAGAUAAAUUGUUACAUAUUAUUGAUGUCCAUCUCCGAGAAGAAUGCAAGGGCUUUAUCCAAGCAGCGGUGGAAUCAAAGAAGCUCUUUCCAUUCUUGCCUAGUGACUAA